AUGCCCAAGGUCGCCCUGCUCGUCGGCCCGCCCCCCGCCGCCGCCGUCACCGAAGCCGCCUGCUCCGUCGCCUCGUUCGGCCCCCCGUUCCGGCAGCUCCUCGGCGUGGCGUGCGCCGCCCCCGCCGCCGCCGCCAGCCCCUCCGGCCGCCCGGCGUGGCGGUCGCUCCCCCUGCGCCCAGCGCCCCCGCCCCCGCACACCGGCCCCGGCCUCAGCGCCUCCUGCCGCGACGCCUCCCUGCUCGCCGGCGCCUCGGACGACCUGCUCACCCAGUUCUGCGAGCAGUCGCUCGCCACGGCCGGCAGCAGCCCCGACCGCACGACCACGUCCCUUGCGUCGUCGUCGUCGUCGUCGUCGUCGGCGUCGGCGUCAUACGCCGCGUCGGGGCACGAGGACGCCGCCGACGCCCCCGCGCGGGCCCCGCGCCACCUCUCCGACCUGGAGGACGUCCCCUCGGCGGCGCGCCUCGUCGCGCUGCAGCCCCAGACGGUGACGCUCAACCUCAUCGUGGGCGUGCUGGCCGUCGCCUCCGCGCGCGCCGUCACCUCCCGCUGGGGCCGGCCCCUCGCCCUGGUCGAGGUCCUCGUGGGGGACGACACCGCCGCCGCCGCCUUCCCCGUGACGUUUUGGGUGUCCGGGGAUGAUGGUCAUGUCGAUGGCCAUGGCGGCGACAGCCACGUCGGCCGGCUGAGGCGCCAGGACGUGGUGCUGCUGGACAACGUGGCGCUGCGCGUCUUCCGGGGCAAGGUGCACGGGCAGAGCUUGCCGCGCGGCCUGACCCGGCUGCGUCUGCUGUGGAGGGCCGACGGCAGCGGCUUCUACUCUUCGAGGGGGCUGCGGGCCGGGGGGGGCGGCAAUCCGCAGCGCGACAAGGCGAGGGCCGUCAAGGACUGGCUGGUGGCUACGGUGGCAUCGGAUCGGGGGGAGGCCGGGGAAAAGUCGUCGUGGGAUCGGCCGCCGGCAGAUACGCCGUCGUGA